GUUUCCCUAAAAGCAAAGUUUCUGUCAGAAACCCCUUGUUUUCACUUUCCUCUUCUAUCUCUAAACGAUCGUUCUUCUCAAAACCAUAAUGGCUUGAUCGGACUCCAUAAUUCGCCGCCGUCCAUCACCCUCUCAACCGCCGACACAACCACCACCACCACCUACCUCCGUUUAUAUUGCUUACUUGCCAUGGAAGGUACCGAUUCAGUCGCUACACUCUUGGAGUCCACGACCUCCAAAAUACAACAACUUCAGAAAGCAUUUGCCGAGCUAGAAAGUCACCGAGCUGUAACCCUUAACCUGAAAUGGAAACAAAUCGAGGAACAUUUUCACGGGCUCGAGAAAUCCUUAAAAAGGCGUUUUACCGAGCUGGAAGACCAAGAAAAGGAGUUUGAAACGAAAACUGUUCAAUCCCAAAAAGUUCUGGAAAACCGUCAUGCUGCUGUUAUGGCUAAGGAAGAAGCUUCAUUGACGGAGCUUCAAGAAAAGAGAGAUUUUGCCGUCACUGCUAUCACUAAUGCCGUCGGAAAACACAAACAUGGUAAUGAACCCGUAACCGUUAACAGUGAGGGCCCACCUGAGGCCGCGGCUUCUGAAUAUAAGGAAGAUAAUACGAAAAAGUUAUUUGAGAAUGGAGAUUUGAAACUUUUAUCAAAUCCCGAACUUGCUAAAUUAUGCAAGGAGAUGGAUUCGGGAGGAUUGCAUAAAUUCAUAUCGGAUAACCGCAAGAAUCUUGUUAUCCUUAAGGAGGAGAUUCCAAUUGCGUUAAAGGCUGCAGUGGACCCCGGUGGUUUGGUUUUGGAUUCGCUUAACGGUUUCUACAUCGUGGAUGGGAAAAAGGAUUCGAAUCUUUUAGGUUUGCGAAGAACGUGUAUCAUGUUGAUGGAGUGUCUUAGCAUUCUGCUUUCAGACUUAACUAUGAAUACCGCUACUAAGGUGAUCUCGGAAAACGUGAAGGAACGGGCCAAAAUUAUUGCACAGGAAUGGAAACCGAAAUUAGAUGAUCUUGAUCUCGAUGCCAGUAAUGGGAACUCGUUGGAGGCUCACGCUUUCUUACAACUUGUUGCUACUUUUGGUAUUGAUUCAGAUUUCGUUCACGAAGAUUUAUCCAAGUUGAUACCGAUGGUCUCCCGGCGUCACCAGACCGCCGACCUUUGCCGCUUUCUUGGGUUGUCCGACAAGAUGCCAGGUGUAAUCGGUGUGUUGGUGAAUAGCGGAAGGCACAUUGAUGCUGUUAACCUAGCGUUUGCAUUCAAACUUACGGAGCAGUUUUGUCCCAUUUCAUUACUGAAAUCUUAUUUGGCCGAGGCAAUUAAAGCUCCUUCCACUGUCAAAGCUGGAAACUCUUCUCCUGCUGCACAGAAUGACGUCUGUGAAAGAGAACUAUCGGCACUAAAGGCUGUCACCAAAUGCAUCGAAGAACACAAGCUCGAAGAUCGGUACCCUUUAGACCCACUUCAAAAACGGAUCCUUCAUCUCGAGAAAUCCAAGGCCGACAAGAAACGAGCAACAGAAGUCGUGAAACCUCAAUCCAAGAGACCCCGAGCAAAUGGCAUAGCCGGAUAUGGGCCGCCACGCAACACCACCACCGUCGCCGCCGACAAAAGCUUCUACGCUGCCAGGUACCCACCACCAACUCAGUACAUGUAUGAAAACCGACCACCCUACGCUUACCCUCCACCACCGGAGAACCACGUUCACUCGUUUAUCGGCACCGCCACUUACAACAUAGUUCCUAACCAUGGAAACUACUUUGGGAAUGGCUAUCAAUAUCAAGCUCCUUAUCUUCACUAAGUUUGUAGGGAUGGGAAGAAACUUUGAUCAUGAUCCUCUUUUAACUUCUAGGUCUUAACCCUUUUGAGUUAUUCCUGUGAUGAUGAACUCGAUUUCGGGAAGAGAAAACCCCACGGAAAACCGAAGAAAAAAGAGCGUACAUUAGCCCGGUUGAUUUCAUAAUUUGUUUGUAUAAGUUGAUACCGUAAUCCUUUAAUACGUGUACUAAUACUAUCGUUGUUGUUAGUUUACUUUGUUUAUCUUGUCC